ACAUCCACCCGACCCACACAGGAAAGCAACAGAGAUUACAGAUGAUGCUGGACACCUCAGAGGACGCGCACACUUUUUUACGCUUUUACGCACAAUCACUCAACGCUGCAGGCUGAACGCUCUUUUGCGCGUUUAUGCACCAAAUUAAAGGAUAUCAGCGCGCGUGGUCUGGAGAGUUUGCUUGUGGGGAAAGUAGGAUUGGUCAUUGUGUUUGGAGUUUCACUUUUUUUGUGAAUGGAGACGAGUCGUGCGUAAAAACCAAACAAAAAAACAAACCCUCGCAUUGAAGAGAAGAAGCUGUCGCUCUCCCACCUGUUGGCAGGUGGUGUUGGCUUUACCCGCGGACAUCUACUAUGACAUUGGGUUUGGACAUCAUGGAGGAUAUUGUUAUCGACGUAGUAGGAGAAGGAGUCAAGGACAGCGGAGAGGAGCAGCUCUUACCUGUGGAUGAGUCGCGGAGCGGCACCGAGACUUCCAGCAGCAGCAGCCUGCAGAGCAAAGAGCGGGACAGCUACAGCCCUGACCCGGAGUCUCCUUCCCUUUCUCCUGCUAAAAGCAAAGGUCCCGCGGCGGUGAAGCCUCCGUACUCUUACAUCGCUCUGAUAACGAUGGCCAUCCUGCAGAGUCCAAAGAAACGGCUCACCCUCAGCGAGAUAUGUGACUUCAUCAGCCAGCGCUUCGUGUACUACCGGGAGAAAUUCCCCGCCUGGCAGAACUCUAUCAGACACAAUCUGUCGCUCAAUGACUGCUUUAUAAAGAUGCCCAGGGAGCCAGGGAACCCUGGGAAAGGCAACUACUGGACGCUGGAUCCUAACUCCUCGGACAUGUUUGAGAACGGGAGUUUUCUGCGGCGGAGGAAGCGCUUCAAGCGGCAGCAUUUCCGCUUCGAUCCGCUCAAGGAGCAGCACCUGGAGCCAAGCGGGCUGCGCGGCUUUGCGCACGGCUCUUACGGGUUCGGAGCCGCGGCUCUGCAACUGCCAGGUCUGGAGAUUUACCCUUACAUCCAUCACCACGCUCACUCGCACUCGCCGUGCGGCCCCGGCGCCGUCCCACCUGUCAGCAGCAUCCUGCCGGCUCUCUCUAGCUUCUUCUCCCGCAGCAGCGCGCUCACAGCCAAGGCUUUCCUCCAGGCGCAGCCCGGCAUCGAAGCCUUCUCCCCGGCCCAAUACGCCUCUCCUCUGACUUCCAGCGCCGCUUACGCGUCCCCUGCGCUCUUCCACCCCGCUGCGUCUCCGCACUUUCUCACUUUACAUCCGGAGUUUCAGAAACUACAGCGUGGCACCGUGGACCUGGCCAAAACACAGCGCUAACAAUGAACAACACACACACACACACACACACACACACACACACACACACACACACACACACACACACCGGACUCGUGUUUUCUCAGGUAACAGAGACAUUUUACGCAGAAUUUCUCCUCCGUUAAGUGGGAUGAAUCUGCUUUCGAAGAAUGUUGUAGAUACUGUAUGUUUAAAAAAAAAACUCUCCCUCCUUCUCACUUUUAUGGCAAAAAAAAAAAAAAAAAAAAUCUUUUAGCAGACCCCCUUUUUUGUGAACAUAAAAUAGCCUCUUUUCUUUUGUUUAAAUAUUUAAAUGACGAGUUUCUUUGAUUUUUUCUCUGGAAAGAAAUAAAAGUGAAUAUUUAAACCUUGCGUUCAGUUGCAUUUUGUGCAGUUCCGUGUAGUUAUUUAUUUAGCUCAUGGAUGAUCUAGUAAAACGCCAGACUUGUCUUAAUAUGUCAUGUGUUAACUUGUUUUAAAACUUCACUCCCUUGGGGUUAUGCCUCUCACUGCGCUGAUUGAAUCAUGAAUUAGGUUAUAACUCGUAAUAAUGGCAGUAAAACAAAACUACUUCAUUCCGAUGUUUAUCACAAACAAGAGAAAUGUAAUAAAAAAAAAACAAUAGAGAGGAAUAAUUUGACGAUUAAAAUAAGCCGCAGGUCUCUGAGGCCUGACUGUAAAAAUGUGCUUCACUUCCACAUCAAAUAAUCGAUUAAAUAAAAGAGAAACACUCGU